GGACAGUUGGGGAACCCAACAGGCCUGACAGGCCAGCAAGUUCGAUAAAAUGAAGUGAUGAGCAAAUCAUGAGAAAAGGGCAAGCAAUCUUGCUUGCUGAGGAGAAAUGUCGUGAUAGGUUGCUCCGAGAGUCUGGACUUCCAGCUUUUCUUCUUCGGCCGUCAACCAAAACUUGAGACAUGCCCACCACGUUUCUUGUCUCAGUUCGGCACGCAGUGAUCGUUCGCUGCUAGACUAGUCACUCCACCAGUUCUUUUUUCUUUCUUUCUUUCUUUCUUCUUCUUCUUCCCAUACCCAUCCAACUCUCGAACGGGGGAAACGGCAUAUCACUUGCAUGCAGUGACGGCAACCAAACGACUUCGACAAUGAUUCGAUAAACGACCAGUUGGCAUCAUGGAACAUCGCCAACUAGAAGUAGUCGUCGCCGUUUGGUCCAUGACCCUUCUCUCACUCUCCUUCAUGUUCCUACGCCUUUACACCCGCCUCCACAUCGUCAAGUUCAUCGGUACCGAAGACUACGUCUACGUCCUGACCGGCCUCUUCCUUCUUCUCUUCGCCACCUUCCUUCAUGUCUCGGUACACUUUGGCAUGGGCGCCAGUCUGUGGUCGCUGUCGCUUGAGAACACGUCGAGAUCCAUCUUUUGGAGCUAUGUCGCCAAUACCUUUGCGAUAACCGGCAACGCCAUGGCCAAGUUGUCCAUGGGAUUCUUCUUGUUGAGAGUGGUGCAAUUAAGGGGACAGAAGAUGGCGCUGUGGGCGCUGAUCGUGGUAACGGCAGGGACGUCCUUUGCGCUGGUGGUCAUGCUAUGGAAUCAGACGACACCGAGAAAAGCCAGCUGGGAUCCAUUGAGAACUCCAGGGAAAUGGCACAUCAAGAUUCAGCCCAUGAGUGUUGGGUUGGGAGUGUGGUCCAGUGUCUGUGAUUUCAUCUUUGCCAUUUUCCCGUGGCUCUUCAUCUGGUCUUUGAGGAUGCCACGACGGGAGAAGAUGAUGUUGGCAAGUGGAAUGAGCCUCGGUGUAAUAGCUGGUGCUUGCGGCAUCACUAGAACCGUUGUGUUGUCACAUCUCAACAUCUGGGAUUACACUUACAACUUUGCCCCGUACUUCAUCUGGGCCGGUGCCGAGAUAGCAGUAGCCAUGGUGUGCCUGGGCAUACCGACCCUGCGUCCAUUAUAUCUCCGACGCCGUGGAAUGACAGAAGACCAUGAUUACCAUCCACCCAACCAAAACAACCUGGAAAUGCCGGAAUUCACAAUAGUUGAGCAACACAAACAAGAACAACAACAAAAGUCAUCAGGAGACCACAAAACACCCACAGCUGGAGCAAGCAGCAAAGUUGAACGCAGUCCGAGCCCCCCACCGCCAGCAUACGUCCGCGACUCGGCCUCAUCACACACUAUUGUCGACAUGGAGUCCCUACGGGAUAUCGACACAUUCCAAACACCACUAAGCCCAGCCAGCAUGCAAAGAAAGAACAGGAGGAGGAGGGGGAACGACAGCGUAGACGACAUACUGGGGUUAUACAACGCAGAGCGAAGCCGAAGUCGAGGGACGACGGCUCAUAGCCAAGGGAGCAGGAGUACCAUGUCGGCACACGAAAGCGCAUCCACCACCCAUAUAACAGCUUUGAAGUCACUGACUUCGACGACAAUCGUCUCGACAGAGUGUAAUGCAGCCAAGACAGCGGGAGCGAUCAUGGUGAAGAACGAGAUUUGGAUUGGAGUGGAAAGAGACGAGGAGAACUGGCCUCUGCGGUGUUGAGACUUUCUCUUUUCUCUUUCUUUGUCAAAGAUAAACUUUGAGUAUUCUGUUCACACAGACAUUAGUAAUUGGAUGCUAGACAUCAAUCCUGAGCAGUGAACAAGCCUGGAUACAUACCCAGAAUACCUUGGCUCACUUGUG